AUAGAAGCAGACGACAGUAGCAGAUAGACAUUUCACAUGUGUAGUUGUUAGAUAUUUUUUCGAAAACUAAAGAAUAAUUACACUGUUAAAGAAAUAAUAAUAACAAUGUCCGUGAAUACCUCGCAUACAGAAAAAGAAUUGGAUUUGAGUAAUGCUGGCCGUGGUGUCUGGCUUGUCAAAGUGCCGAAAUAUAUAGCUAACAAAUGGGAAAAGGCACCUGGCAAUAUCGAAGUUGGCAAAUUAAAGAUUACGAAAAAUCCUGGACAGAAAGCUGAAGUAUCUCUCAAACUGUCAGAAGCUGUUUUGGCUCUGAAAGAAUCUGGAGAAGAGGAAAUACCGAAACAACAUAGGCUAGAUGUUACGACAGUUACUAGACAAAUGCUAGGAGUAUUUUCUCAUGUUACACCAUCCACAAGCUCAGAUGCAAUUGUUCCAGAAACAGAGAAACUUUUUAUGGAAGGAAGGAUUGUACAAAAAUUAGAAUGCAGACCAUAUGCCGAUAAUUGUUACAUGAAACUGAAGCUAGAGAGUAUCAAAAGGGCUUCUGUACCACAAAGACAAGUUCAACAAUUAGAUAGAGUUGUACAGAAUUUCAAGCCAGUAUCUGAUCACAAACACAAUAUUGAAUAUGCUGAAAAGAAGAAAGCAGAAGGAAAGAAAAUGAGGGAUGAUAGAAAUGCUGUGCAAGAUAUGCUUUUUGCAGCGUUUGAGAAACAUCAAUAUUACAAUAUAAGAGAUCUUGUUAAGAUUACAAGACAACCUAUUGUUUAUCUAAAAGAAAUACUCAAUGAAGUUUGUAACUAUAAUUUAAAAAAUCCACAUAGAAACAUGUGGGAAUUGAAACCAGAAUAUCGACAUUACAAGGAAGAGGAAAAAUCUACAGAGAACACCUCAAAGAAAGGGAACGAAUCCGAAGAUGAUUGAUAUUUUUCUUAUUUAUAUAUAUUAUACACAUAUAUCUGAUUAAUAAU